AUUGAGUCCAAUCAGGUUGUUGAGCUCCAGCUGCUGCAGCUCUGCAGUGAACCUGCACCCGUGUUUCUGUAUAACUCAGAGGGGACAGAGGUGUGAAGUUGCAGUCAUGAACUUCCAGCUUAAAACCAAAGCUUGCCUCUUUGACCUGCACUGUUCCGUAGGCCUGACGGACUGGGAGAUGGACAAGGAGCUGAAACUGGCAACUACCACUGACCAGUUUUAUCACGAUGACCAACAGAACGAUCAGUAUGUGGUCCAGAGGCCUUCUGCCAGAGCCUCAAGAAGGAAAGAUGAAUUCAUUUGGUACGAUAAAACAUCAGACACCUUUGUGAAGCCAAAUCUGUGGCUGUUGGUGAAUCCUAACAUUGCCUGCCCAAUGCAGUACGGAGAAAAUACAGCAGAUCUGCAGAUUCUCGGUGAGUCUAGGGAAAUCCAAACAUCACUGCUGGAGCCUGUGGAGACCCAACAUUCACUGGGAGCUUCUCUCCAGGACAAACUGCUCCACCCUGCAUCCUCCUGCUCUGAGUACCUGAUCAAGGCUGAAGCCCCCUCGUGUCGACCAGCCAAGAGCAGACGCAAGGGGAGGACCACCAAGGCCAGAACGAGGACGCUCAGCUUGGGCCGGGCCCGAGUUCCUUCAGACAGCAAGACCCUGAAGCCAGGAUGCUGGCCUCGUCCACCAGUGAAUUACUGCAUCCUCAUUGCCUUGGCGCUCAAGAGCAGCCACACUGGCAGCCUCAAAGUGCAGCAAAUUUACAGCUUUACCAGAGAGCACUUCCCCUUCUUUCAGACAGCUCCAGAGGGCUGGAAGAACACCAUCCGACACAACCUGUGCUUCAACAGCAGCUUCCGCAAAACCUGCAAUCAACUGAACAAAGAUGGUAAGAGGAAGUCCUGUUUUUGGUACCUGACUACGGACGGACAGCGCCGGCUGGAAGAUGAGAUUCACACCUUGACAAGAGAAUCAUUCAAGCAGCUGGAGAGGAGCAUGUCCUGCCCAGGUGAUCAGAAUAAAUGGAAGAUAAAAUGUAUAUCUGAGUGGAUGAAUUCCUUUAAGGAUGCCUCUACACAGACUAACCACAACAACCGGUAAUGUACUAAACACAAUUAGUUAGAUGGUACAAGUAUCUACAGAAUACCUUGAUGUACCUGCUGUGGUUAAUAAAUGCUGGAUAACAAUGAUUUGAUUUUCAAAGUACAGUAGCAAAACACUUAAAACUGAGCACAACCUUUUUAUGAAAAGAUUCCCAGUACAAAUUGUGAGGUGCUAAUCUGUAAAGAACUAUUUUAAUUUAAAGAGCCUGUCGCUGCUCAUUUCCACCCAUUUAAUUUUGGGAACCUCUAGAUUAGCUUUGCACCCUUCUUAACUCCAAAUACUCAAAUUAGUUCAGAGUAAUAAACCCAUAGAACCUCUUCCUAAAAGAGAGUUCAUGAACACGCACAACAAACCUCAACAGCAUUAAUGUCUGCAGUGGUA